UGAAAAUGAGAUUUUUCUAUCUUUCCGACAACCAAAAAUCUCAGAAAAUUCUUGUUUUGUUUUGAUUUCAACAUAAAAAGUAUCAUCAUUAUUAUUAGUGAUUGAUAAUGCAAGGUGGAGUGCAUCAUGAAAGUUCUCUAAAAGAGAAAUUGAAAUCUUCAAUGUGUUGCUUCAUGGGCAAGGUACAGGAAUCAUUAGACAAUAAUAAUAAUAUGUUGAACAUUAACACUCCGAUGUCUAAGACACCAAAGUCGUCGUCAUCAUCACCCGCCACCUCACCGGGCUCAACGUCACGGUGGCUUCGUAGGCAUAACAGCAACAACAACAACCACCACCACCACCAUCGCCAAUCGCUAUCUGCGGAUUUUAGCUAUGAUCCUUCCAGCUAUGCCCUCAAUUUUGAGGAUGAUUCUGGAGAGUUGCCUCUGAGAAACUUUAGUGCUCGGUUGCCGCCUUCGCCACCACGGCGGCCAACAACAACCACCUCCAUGGCUCCAUGCCAUUGAAGUACCCUCACCAAAAGAAAGACUAUAAUUAUGUUGUUAUUAUAGAAUAUGAAAAAUGAAAUUGCAUAACUCUCUCCAUCUCUUUCUUAUCAAUAUCUAUUAAUUAAUAAAUAAAGAA